AUGGACCAAACUCUCCACUGCCAAAAAUCCGGCUGCCCCCUGACCGCCUACCACUUCGAUCCUUCCACUGCCCAAUACCUCUGCUACGUACAUUCUGAAGAAGGACAAGGCAAGCAGGUCACAACUGAGUUUUAAAGAGAUCAGUGAAGACAUUUGGGUGGUCAAAGCGUGUAUUAGGAGUGUACUAGUGGGCUUGGAGGAGGGAGAAAGUGGGGCAGGGGUGAAGAAGUUGGUGAAUAAGGUGAGGAAGAGGAUAACAGAGUGUGAAGAGAGGCUGAAGUUUAGAAGAGAGGAACAGAAAAAGAUGGAUUAUGGGGAGGUGAGGAAGCAGUUAUGAUGAGAGAAUAUGUUAAAAAUAAUGGUCUUAAGAAGAGGAAUACGGAUGAUAUAGAAAUAUUCCCAAGAGUAGAUCAUCGAUUGACAGCUGGUUUUCAAGAAAUGCAGAAUAAUUUCGAACUUAUGAGCAUUCAUAACAAGAAGAUAAAAGAGAGACAGAAAAGGAAUGAGAAGUUUAAGCAAGUAAUGGUAUCUUUUGCUGAUCCAUCAACUAUUCGAGGAUUUAAUUGCCUUUAUGAAGCUAUGACAGAUAAGAAGAUUUCAAUAGAAGAUUCAGAAGAUUUAGUGCUAGAUUUCAAAAAUCAAUUAGAUAUUGAAUUCAUGAAAUCAAUCCGUGAUUUCAAAAUUCCAGAUGUCUAUGAAUUGGAACUUAGAAAUAUUCCUGAAGACAUGAGCACAUUCAGAGAUUUUAUUUAUACAUCUUUUCCAGAUAAAGUAGGGAGAUUUGACUUUGACUGUAACACCUCCAAGAAAGAUUGAGAUCAAAUCUUGGAUUUGAUCUCUCAUGUUAGCCCCAAAGUUACGUCUGAGCUAUAUUUGUACAGUUGAGAGCUAUCUCAGUACCAGCUGAGGAGAUUCUUAGCUGCUACAAGGCAGAACCAAGCUUCAGUAGGCCUACCAAUGUGUAAGAUUGAUCUUGACUCUGUUCCCGAUUUCGGAAAUUCUCUUAAUGGAUCAAAAAUCGAGGAGAUAAGUCUCUCAUUCUGAGGAGGUCCUGAUUAUUCUGACUGGAAAAGACAUCCUCAUAGAUUCGAGAACUUAAUCCAAGGGUUGUCUCAGAGUGAUGACUUUGUAAGAAAUCUACAACAUCUUAACCUAAAUGGAUGAGGUAUUCAGCAAGAAGAUGCACUCCAAGUCCUGGAACAGUACAGACUUAGCCAUGUCAUCUUGAUCGAUACUGAAGAAUAA